AUGUCCGAUCCUGUGGAGUUGCUUGCAAGAGCAGAGAAGAAAGGUGUACCCUCUUCCGGGUUGAAGAAGUUCUUCGGUGGGUCAGGCUCUUACAAGUUCGAAGAGGCAGCGGACCUAUGUAUCCAAGCAGCUAACGUUUACAAACUAAGAAAACAGUUACAGCCAGCUGGUGAUGCAUUCGUGAAGGCCGCUCAGUACCAGAUCCAGGCUGGGAACGAGGAUGACGCUGGGAACGUCUACAUCGACGCUUACAAGUCGUACAAGGCAGCAAACUCUCCUCGUGAUGCAGUGACGUCCCUGGAUAUAGCCAUUGGGAUAUUCACUAAGAGAGGCCAGUUCCGUAGAGGUGCCAAUUUCAAGUUUGAGUUGGGGGAAGUGUACGAGACCGAUUUGCAUGAUUAUGCCGCAGCGAUAGAUGCGUACGAGACCGCUGGGGAAUGGUACGCUCAAGAUCAGGCGAUGGCACUAGCGAACAAAUCGUACCUCAAGUGUGCGGACCUCAAGGCGCUCGAUAACAGGUUCAUGGACGCCUCGGAGUUGUACUCGAAACUUAUCGCGAACAGUAUGGGGAACAGACUGUCGCAGUGGUCCCUUAAGGAGUACUACUUGAAGAAAGGGCUCUGUCAACUCGCAGCGACGGAUUCCGUAGCGGCAAGGAGAACCUUGCAAGAGGGACAACAGGAGGACCCAAACUUCGCAGACUCAAGAGAGUUUACACUGUUGCAGAACUUGGUAGAGGCGUACGACGAAAACGAUACAGAGAGACUAAGCUCCGUGGCGUUCGACUACGAUAAGUUCAGCAAACUGGACAAGUGGAAGACCACUAUUUUGCUCAAGAUCAAAGAAACCAUCGCAAAGGCAGAAGAUGACCUUCUGUGA